AUGCUCGAGAACCUCUGCGCGCAGAUUAACGGAUACGGCACCAUCGCCGGCUUCUGCCUUGCCAGCUUCUUCAACAUGCUCAUCGUGCUAUGCCAACCAGCCAGCUCCGCCGUCUUCAGCAAGUCUUCGGUCAUGCAGCUUCUCCUCGCCGCCCAACUAACCGUCGCGCACAUGUUCCUCGUUGCGAUCAUGGUUCGUGACAUGAUGGGUACCGCAAGUAACGGCACGAACGGUAUCCAGGCGUUGCACGCCGAAUUCGCUUUCCUCGCUGCUUCGUCGAUCAUCGGCGUCGUACUCGCUUGCGUACUGUCGGACGCGCACCAUAUCCACGGUUUCAAAUCGCACGAAGACCUCGAGCACUUCCUCAACGCACAAGACGACCUCAAAGAUGCCCGGCGAAGAGCCGAACCCGGCUCGACAGUCUACGGCACGCAUCGACUGCAAGUGCAGGAGCACGAGGCGUUCGUACGAGGCGAGCACAAGGCGAACCUCGUGCGAGGCGUACAUCGAUUGCGGAAGUGGCAUUCGCGCAACCAAGCGCGCAUACUUCUGUUUGCUUUCGGCGGAAGCGAGGCGUACUGGUUCAUCCUCUACGCCGCCACAAUCUGGUUCGGCAAGGACACGAUCUUCUGGCAACCGAAGUGCAACGACUUUAUCGGCGCCGCCUCGUGGUCGCUCAUCCGCGGCGUCUCGUUCACCAUCUUCUCCCUUGCCUUCCUCUUCACGCUCUUCCUCUGCAUCCCCGUCUUCCAUCCUACGAGCUCGUAUCGUUCCGCCGCGCACUUCAUCGUCCUCCUCUUCUCGCACCACAUCGCCCGCCCUCGAACAUCCUCGCCAAGCUUCCGAGACCGUCGACGAGAAGCACGGAACAAAUCCGCCCAUGCUGAUCCCGUAGAAGAACCGCAACCAGCCCCCGACGCGCCCGAGACUCGACCCGAAGUCAUCGUCCGCUUCGUCCUAUCGCUCUCGAUCUGGUCGCUCUGGUUCGUGCUCCUCCUCGUCGUCUUCUUCAAGGCGCGAAGAGACUUCCUCUUGACGGGGACGGGAACCGCGCCCUGGCCUUACGCGUGCAUCCAGAACUUGAUGUUCGGCUCGUUCCCCAUCUUCAAGUUCUGCCUCAACGUCGUGCGGGGGAGGGCGAAGGACAGGAAGAAACGAAGACGAGCGAUGGCAUCCAAUCUUGCGACUCCCACUUCGACCGGUCUCUCGCCAACGGUCCGACGGCGACUGUCCGGACUGAACAGGCGGCCAGCGACAAAUGAGCAGUCCUUGAGCCGGUCACGGAGUCGAGGGCGGCGGCAGAACCGAGCGAAAGACUGGUAG